AUGACGGCCAUCAGUAGCAAAUCACUGCAGGAUGAGAAAGGUCGAAACGCUGAUAAGAUGAUUGCAAUGUCAUUAGUCCUAAAGGUGGUCAACCGAUUCCCUGCAUAUUGCAGGUACGUUGCAGAAAUGGUGAAAGGUAGCCUGUACAAGAAGCAGAAGACAAAGAGCUUGAGAACUGUGGCUGAGAUGCCGGGUCCUAGCGCUGUACAGUUUGCGUAUGACCUGUUCUUUAAUAAAGGGCUGGCUAGGUUGCAUGAGCUUCAGCUGGAGGGAAAGGCAAAGUAUGGCCCUGUGUGGAAGGCUCGUUUUGGGUCUAUCCUGACCAUACACAUUGCAGAUCCAGCAUUAAUUGAACAAGUCUUGCGACAGGAAGGGAAGCAUCCAGUCCGUUCUGAUUUAUCAUCUUGGAAAGAUUACAGACAAUACAGAGGACACGCUUAUGGGCUCCUCACUGCGGAGGGAGAGGAGUGGCAGAAGCUCCGCAGCAUACUCAGCAAACACAUGCUGAAGCCCAAGGAAGUGGAGGCAUAUGAUGGCGUCCUCAAUGGGGUUGUCACUGACCUAAUCUAUAGGCUUCGGCACCAACAGACCAAAAAUGAUGAUGGCCUGGUGAAGGACCUGGCAAGCGAGUUCUACAAGUUUGGAUUAGAAGGUAUCUCUUCAGUACUCUUUGAGACACGGAUUGGCUGCCUCAAGGCUGAGGUUCCCAAAGAAACAGAAGAUUUUAUACAGUCAAUUAACACCAUGUUUCAAAUGACGCUCAUCACCAUGGCGAUGCCAAAGUUUCUGCAUAAAAUCUACCCAGAACCCUGGCAGAAAUUCAUUGCCUGCUGGGAUUACAUGUUUGCUUUUGCUAAAGGACACAUAGACCGAAGGAUGGCUGAAAUUCAACAGAAAUUGGCAAGAAGGGAGCCAAUUGAGGGGAAGUACCUGACCUACUUCCUGUCGUCCCAGAAUCUCUCCAUGAGAACCAUUUAUGGCAACGUCACAGAAUUGUUACUCGCUGGUGUGGACACAAUUUCCAGCACAAUGUCGUGGACACUAUAUGAGUUAUCCAGGCACCCAGACAUUCAGGCAGCCCUGCACCGAGAAAUCAAAGAGAUGGUUGGAGACAAGCCUGUCCCCUCUGCUGCUGACGUGGCAAAGAUGCCCCUCAUGAAAGCUGUUGUGAAGGAAGUAUUGAGGCUUUAUCCUGUAAUCCCGGGUAACGCUCGUCUGAUUCCAGAUAAAGAUAUCCAAAUUGGAGAAUACAUCAUUCCCCAAAAAACCCUGAUUACUCUGUGUCACUAUGCAACCUCACGAGAUCAGGAAAUCUUCCCCAAUCCCGACUGCUUUCAGCCCAAGCGAUGGCUUCAUAAGGAUCAGAGUUUUCAUCCCUACGCAUCCAUCCCAUUUGGAUUUGGGAAGCGGAGCUGCAUUGGAAAAAGAAUUGCGGAGUUAGAGAUCUACCUGGCAUUGGCUAGAAUUGUAAUCCACUUUGAGGUGAGACCAGAGUUUAAGGGCAGCAUCGUAAAACCAAUGACUAGAACCCUGCUGGUGCCGAAGCAGGAGAUCAAUCUACAAUUUAUUGACAGAUGACUGUGAUCACUGUGAACAUUUUUAGCACUGUACUAAAAGAAUCAAGGGCCUGGAUUUUUCUCGUGUCGGGCGGGCUUGUCGGGAGUGGGCGGUGGCAGAGCCGACCGCCG